AAGACAUCACUAGUGGUCUCACAGACGACCCCUUCCUCUGAGUCUUCGCUUGAGUUCAGCAAAGACUCUUUCGAUCGAUUCGGUGAUGAUUUGUGUCGACUAUUACUGUCUUAUCUGCCAUUUGAAGAGCACUUCCGAAGGGAAUGUCUGUCCAAACAGUUCCAGAGAUGUCUUCACAUCAGUCUCGAUGUCCUCACUAUCACUGACACACUGUUUGCCAAAAUACUCGCAAAAUCGGGAUCUAUUGGAACCGAUGUAUUGACAGCACUGCUGCAGAAGUGUCCCAACAUUGACGCCAUUGAUUGCUAUCCCAUAUCAACGAGUCGUGAAUCGCAUGUCACUCGACCACUGUUGUCGGCCAUCGAUGGUCUGUCCGAUGAUUACUGUCGACGUCUCACACGAAUUGACUUAUGUUUAAAUGAUUUCGACGAUUCUAUCACUAAUUGGGUUCAAAGGUUUGCACCAAAACUCCACAAACUCGCAGUCCAUCCCUUAAACUCCCAGUGCCUCCAGUAUUGCCAUCAUUUGCGUCACCUAUCGGUUCAGUCAUUGAUUGAGGUCUUCACUCCAGACAAUCGACUAUUGGCUCAGAAGUUGGUCUCAAUUAGGUUCGUAAUAACGGAUGACUUCUCUAAUGAUAUGUUCACCACAUUUGUGGCGAACAAUAAGUCAUUGAAAAGUCUUUGCGUGAGCUGUUGGACCACACCAUCGAUGCCGGUAUUCCGUGAAUUGAUGGCACAAAUGGCGGGAUUACCACAACUUCGGGAACUGACACUUGUAUUCUUGUCCGACCCCCUGAUCCAACACUCUCUGUACGACUCGUUGCGUAUAAUCGGCACUAAUUGUCGGCAUUUGAGACGAUUUUCACUGAAUUUGAUGUCCAACGCAUCGAAACUGAACGUCGAUGCCAUGAAUGCCAUGAAAUUUAUGCCACGAAUACAUCGACUGAAUUUGACGUUAAUGUUGACACGCGAUGCGGAAGUGGUCACCGAUUGUCAUAUGCUUGACGCCAUCAAUGACUGCAAACGAUUGACUCAUUUAUGGCUCACUUUGUGGGGAAUACACCACACACUAUUGGCCGGCAUUGAGACUAAUCACCGGAAACUACAGGUUUUCUGCAUUCAUACCACGGAUGAAGACACCAAAUACAAUGAAUCGGAUUUCAAGGGAUUUGUGAUGAGAAAUCUCGAAGUCUGUGAUGACAUGAGUGGAGACAAUGCGCUCACCAAUGGAUCAGUUGUUUCGGUGUUGGACUCAAUGGACAGCAAUAGUGGCGCUGAAGACGUGAAUGGCUUACGACUGGACUCACAGACGACCCCAUCCUCUGAGUCUUCACUUGAGUUCAGCUUUUCAAAGACUCUUUCGAUCGAUUCGGUGAUGAUUUGUGUCGACUAUUACUGUCUUAUCUGCCAUUUGAAGAGCACUUCCGAAGGGAAUGUCUGUCCAAACAGUUCCAGAGAUGUCUUCACAUCAGUCUCAAUGUCCUCACUAUAA